AUGUCGUCUAGUGAGGAAAACGAAACCGUUUCACAACAAAAACAGCUGAAAGAACAACUUGUUUCUCUAAAUCGGGAAGAACUUUUGAGACUUCGCUCUACUCCGGGUCACUACGAGUGUGUACGAUUACUCAAGAUUGGUUGUCCGGAAAGUUACGAGGAACUCUUAUCCCUCUUACAAGAUCUAGCGGGUGAUGUGAACUCCAAAUCAUCAGUCAAUCUGGAAAACAAUAAAAGAAAGGUUCAGUUAAUAAGUGAUGGACUUCAAAAAUCAGAAGUAUUCCAUAGACAAGGUGACUGGAAAACGGCCUACAAAGCUAGAGAAAGUUUAGCCUUAUGUUUUUCUGAACAUGAUGAAGAUAUCGACUUGGCUAAGCAUUUCUUUAUAUCUUGUUUAACCAUGUGUCUCGAACAACCAGAUAGUGAACGAAAGACUCGGGCCUUCGUAUAUCAAAACCUUGGACUAUUAGAUGAACGAGCAGGUAAUUUUCAAUCAGCUCUCACACAUUUAGAGACAGCUGCAGAGUUAGCCAAGACCGUACCAUGUAUGGGUAAAGGCGGGAAAACUUUAUUAUAUCGAGAGAUUGCUGGCCAAUGUCACCAAGUCUGUCUGACCUUAGGAUCACUGGUUAAAAAAGGAGAUGCAUCGGGUCCCCUAUUCUACUAUUACAAGGCGUUAGAUCACGCAUUAGUGGCUAAAGACAAAAAGGCUGAAGCAAAAGCUCAUUACAAAAUCAGCCUUGAAUAUUUAGAGGAGGGGAUGAACUACCAGUUAGCUGAGGAGCAUCUUAAGAAAUACAAAAAGCUGUGUCAAGAAACUGAUGAUUUAGAAGGUCUCUGUCAAGCUCACCACGGGUUGGCAACCAUCCAAGAAAGACAAGGGAAUCGUGGUGCAGCCCUAAAAGUUCUCAAGGAAUGUCUGAAGAAAACUGAAGAACUAGACGAAUCCAAAUCUUUGGAAAUGCUGGCAAUCUCGAAUGUUAAGUUGGGUAUCCUCUAUACUUCAAUGGAGUUGCAACUGUCUGCAAUUUGA